AUGUCCACUGCUGAACUUGCUCAAGCCGCUCAACAGGCCCAUACCCUCACUCCCGGGUUCUUGGAGGAUGUUAGGGUGGCCACCUCCACGCUUUUGAACUUUUACAACCGUCACAGGGAAGGUCUUCUGGCCCACCAACGGACGGUAGAAGAGGAUGCAUACGGGAAAGCUGAACGAUUUGUAUGUUUGCUCAUCGACAAGAAUAUGUGGUAUAACGCGGCCCAGUGGCUCAACCACCCUUGGAUUUUGGCGUACACGGAAAUGGCCCGAGCGGGACCAUCGGUUGAUUGGACCAAAAUGUUCUCGAUCCCACAACCCACCACCCCUACCUUCUUUAUGGAAGGUUAUGCCGGUCCCUCUCCCCCUUUACCUCCAUCUUCGACCGAUUCAUUGCUCCCAGUCACAGUCCCAACUCCCCCAUUGCUGGUACCGACAGCUUCAUCAUCGCUCCCAGCCCCAACAAAACCAACGCGUCGGGCAAAAUCAACCGAUCCUGUGCCAGCGGCUGAAACGAAGUCCAAGAGUAAGACGAAGUCUGGGCGAAGGAAACCCGAGGCCGGGUCCAGCGCCCAGCCACAAUCAGAGGUGACUCCUAACGACACCGCUGCCCCAGUCCAAAGCAAAAAAAGAAAAGGGGACUCGAUCGAAGCCAGGCCAAAGAAGACCAGAGUCGUGAGUGCGGAGUUCAUCAACAGCAGCAGUGAUGAGGAAACAUUGAAGCCGAAGUCAGAGUCACUUCAACCGGUUGGUGGGGAAGCAAAGGCGGUUAAACCCAAGUCCCAGCCCCAUUUCUCCCGCAUGACACCCAGUGCCGGCCUCAGUCUCAUCCAAAGGCCCAAGUUAGACCCCGAUGCCGGUCCUCCCAAGACCGCCAUGGCCGCUUUAAGGCAAGCCAAAACUGCCGAACGUCUUGCAAAUCAGAAUGCCACGAUUGCGAAAGGCAAUUAUCAGCUUGCGGAUAUACCCUGUGAGGCCUGCAGAAAACGCCAAGAUCGAGACAUUGUUCCAUGCGCUAUCCGUUCCCCCCCACAACAAGGAUCCUGCUUCACCACUAGUAUCAACCAUUGUUUAUGA